UCUUAAAGUUGCUCUGAAGAUAAUCUCUGCAGACAUCAAGGUGCUGCUCUGUGGUGAUUUCAAUUCAUUGAUGGAUUCUGGGGUAUUCCAGUUCCUGUCAACGGGUCAACUGCCGCUGAGUCACCCUGAGUUCCAGGUUUUUGAUUAUAUCAACGCGAUCGUGAACAUGAUGAGUGGAGAAUGUUGUGACAGAAUUACCCACCCGCUAAAUCUGUCAUCAGCCUGCAGUCCACAGAUUAUGCCGUAUACUAACUACACAUACGGAUUCAAGGGGAUGAUCGAUUACAUAUUUUAUUCGUCCUCUAACAUGGUGUGCCUCGGAGUCUACGGCCCCAUUCCACAAGAAUGGUUCGAUAUGUUUAGUGUAGUGGGCUGUCCGCACCCUUUUGUUCCAUCUGAUCAUUAUCCGGUGAUAGCGGCUUUUCAAUUGACUGCUUGAAUGGAUUUACACGGUCGAAUUUCUGGAUAGGAUAGUCAAGUACAAAGGAAAAUAGUCUGAGAUUGUACAAAGAUAUUAAUUUAA